UAAUCGGGAACUCGAGCGGCGAGUGAGUUUGGGGUUGGGGCAGUGUUCGCGAAUCGCUUUAAAAAACCGGCGGGCGGUUAUUACAAAAAGCAUUUAGCCGUGCCCGGCGAUUUCUCAGCGCGCUCGCUCGCACGCGUGGAGGCGUACUAGCGGUAUUUUGCCGGCAGUAACCUUGCUCCUUCUUUCGUACAGUCCACGAGGAAAAGGAAGUGUUUUUAAUUUCCGCGUAGCAAAAACUUGCAGCGGCAGAAAUGGAGACGGUCGAGGAAUAUUACGAGGGUGCCACCACCAGGCGGAGGACCAUCCGGACAAGCCUGAAGAUAGAGGAAACUUCCUCGUCUACUACGACGACUACCAUGACAACGGCGGCGAAGUUGUACGGGAAGGAUGUGAGCGAGUAUGAACACCUGGACGUGGAUCAGCUGCUCAAUCAGUUAACCCCGGAGGAAAUAGACAUCCUAGCCAAGGAAGUGGACCCAGAUGAUCAGUUUCUGCCACCUUCUCAGCGCUGCAACUACUCCUGUGAGAAAAGUCCAACAGGCCCACUGAACCGCAAGAAGCUGAUAGAGCAUAUCAAUAAGCAGGCUCUCGAGACUCCUGACAAGCCGGAGCUGAAGCCGUACGUACCUGGCACCGUCCGUGGCAAGAAGUGGAUACCUCCACCACCUCCACAACGUGAAAUAGAUGCUGAAGAACAGAUUGCCAUAGACCUGGGUGACGAGUAUGAAACUGCUCUUGAUAAAGCGACGCAGGAGGAAAUCAUUGAUCUUGCAGCUAUCCUGGGCUUCCACUCGAUGAUGAACCAGGAGCAGUACCACGCGUCUCUACUCAACAAGGACCAGCCAGUCGGUCUGGGCUGGGAUGGUAUCACGAAGGCUUCGCAGCCGAAGCCGUACCCGGCUGAGCCGCCCAACCUCACAGAUCCUGACUCAACUAUUCAGCAAGUCAAGGAUGAUGACCCCACUCUUAUUGACCUCAACUGGAACAACAUUAAGAAUAUUUCUGAAGAAAAAUUUGAGCACCUUUUCAAUGCGCUGCCUGAGAACACCCAUUUGGAAACACUGAGUUUGAGCAAUGUGGGAAUGACUGACAACUCUGCUAUCAAGUUAGCAGAAGCGCUCGAGCGCAACACUACUUUACGUGUCGUCAAUGUGGAAACAAACUUCAUCAGUCCACCCGUUAUUGUGAAGCUUAUUAAAUCCCUCUUGGCAACCAAAACAAUUGAAGAGUUCAGAUGCUCUAAUCAGAGGUCGCAGGUGCUGGGCAACAAGAUAGAGAUGGACAUAACGGGCCUGGUGGAGCAGAACCCGACACUUCUGCGGCUCGGCCUCCACCUGGAGUACAAUGAUGCACGCCACCGCGUUGCAGCUCACCUCCAGAGGAACAUCGACAGGAGUCGCCUCCGUCGGAUAGGCAGAGCUUCGCGCAACUACACCAUUGGAUUCGUCACACACCACAAGAAGUCCAUCCACGAGUGAUUUGGCUUCCUCCAACAGAAGUUCUGUGUGUAGUGUGUCACUGUAUGCUCCAUAGGUGUUGUUGUGGACGAUAGAAACUGUGCUCUGUUUUUGUCCUCUACUCGCUAUCUGUGAAAGUUUUGUAGCUGGAAAUGGGAGGGAAAAAGUGAAAAGUGCAGAGGAGCACUAAGUUUGUAAAUGUUCUGUCAAUGAAUUACAGAUAUGUUCAGCUAUUUGUCUCCCCCCCCCCCCCCCCCUUGCUUUUUGAAACAGAACACUCGAUAUUUCCUUCUUGUGUAUUUUAGGAUAUACUCCCUCUUUCUUCUUCAAAACCCUUCAUAGAACCAUUCAGUGCUAAACAGUGAAUGUUAUGUGCUUCAGAUAGUUGUAGAAUGUAUAAAAUUUCACACUUGAUAUAUGGCAACAGCAACUGUUCAGCUGCUUGGGGUGGCCUUCAGCCCUGUAAAUUUUUUAAGUUUCUGAAUACAAUGCGUACGGAAAAAGAAUGAAAAAAAUUUCAAAAGAAUGAAAAAAAUUUCUUUGUUAUUGUUUGAGAAACUGGCAUUCUCUCCUCCUCAUAAACAUGUUCUAAGCAGUCACUAAUGGUUGUGAAGAGAAUUAGCUUUGAAGCUGGGACAAUGAUAUUUUCUGACAUGCACGUCAUACUCGAAUUACAAGAAACCGAUAGCUUUAUCAUUUUUCCGUUGUGUAAUAUAUGUUAGGCUUUUAUAGCAAUAGAUUGAAAAACUUUGUAGAUUACAUCAGCACUGAUGUUUCCCAUUUUAAUAAAAUGAUAGAAAAUUUUCACAUCAAACAGCUGUGCCUCACAUAGAAA